CCCUCACCCCUUCUUCCCUCCCAUUUCUUCCUCAUUCUCUUUGCCUUCUAAUUCUGCUUGUUAACAUACCCUUCACUCUUCACGCUCUGAGAAGUAUCUGGAAAAUGCUUUGAUUUUUCAUCUUUUAUAGAGAAAACUGCAGCUCUAGGCCUGAGAAAAUUAAUUGUUUUUUAUAUAUUAAAGAGAAAAAAAAGAUUUGCCUUAAUAUAUGGCGUCACCGGAGAACUUGGCCAGUAUCGAGCCCUGGACUUUCCGUCAAGCCUUUGCCGACUCGUGGAUCUCCGAAGCUUUUGCCCGGGAUACCGACACGCUGACGAAGGCUCUCCAGAAGUCGCUCAACCCUGACGCUCUCGGAGCCGACGCCAUCUCUCCCUUGUUCAACUUCGUCAACUCCGACACGGCGCCCACCACCCCAACCGCUUCGGGUCUCUCGUGCGGGUCAGACCCCGACACGGCGCCCAAGCGCCAGCGGAGCGGGAUCCCGGCGGCCGGAGGGAAGGUUUCGAAGAGGAAGUCGCGCGCUUCGAAGCGGUCCCAGACGACCUUCAUCACGGCGGACCCGUCCAACUUCCGGCAGAUGGUGCAGCAGGUGACGGGCGUGAGAUUCGGGAACUCGCCGGUGCCGGUGGUGCCGAUCCUGAAGCCGGAGCCGCAGAGACCCGGAACCCGGUUGCAGGGGGCUGGAUGCUUGCCGACCCUGGACACGUCGGCUUUUCUGCUGGAUCAUCACCAGCAGCAGUUGGUGGGACCCAACUCGGCGGCUGGAGGUGUUACUGGGGUUUCUGGGCCGGGCCCUCUCUCGUUUGGGCCCAGCAUGGGCUUAGCCGAUGGCGGUGGCUUCGAUUUUGACACUUUUUCCAGCUUUCCCACUUUAGAGUCGUGGAAGGUCAUGUGAUACUUGCAGGAGGAUAUAUCUUUGUUUUUUUUCUUUUUUUUUUAAUAUUUUGGGACCCAGUACUGGUAGCUUAGUAUUGGAGGGGGUUGGAUCUGUUUAUAAUUUUGUUGGAUAGUUUAUUUUUCGUCUCAUUAGAGGUGUAGAAGUGCAGUAGUGGUGAUAUGGUAUGUGUUCUUAUUAUUGUUCAUUAUAUAAUAUUUAUGCAUCUCCUAUUUCUGCA